AUGUCAAAUGCAGUGGAGAAAAUGUAUGUAACUGUAACAACUGGAGAAGUCCUACUUGGAAUUAUGGCCAAUGCCUUCAUUGGAGUUGUGAACUGCAUUGACUGGGUCAAGACCAGAAAAGUUUCUUACUUAAAUUUUAUUCUCAUUUGCUUAGCCAUUUCCAGAAUUGGUUUGCUAGGAAUCAUCACAACACAUAUUUUUACCCUCUUAUUCUAUCCUUCUUCAUAUUUGUUGGGCGAAAUGAAAAACUCCAAUGUAUUGUGGAGUUUGACCAACGAUGCCAGUGCCUGGUUCUCUGCCUGUCUUGCUGUCUUUUACUUGCUGAAAAUUGCCAACUUCUCCCACCCCAUCUUCCUCUGGCUGAAGUGGAGGCUAAACAAAGUCGUCCUCAAGGUGCUUCUAAGCUGCUGUUUUCUCUCCUUUCUUCUUUCCCUUAUGGUAACAUUGAUGAGUGAUGUCUUAGAAGUAACUGUUAAUUUAGAAAACAAACUAAACUUGACUCAGAAGAUAAAAGUACAUAAAAACCCAAGCUUUGGGAUUAUGAUGAUAUUCAAUGUAGGGGGAAUUAUUCCUUUUGCUCUGUCUCUGACCUCCUGUUUUCUAUUAGUCCUGUCACUAUGGCGGCACACUCAGCAGAUGCAACUUAAUGCCACAGGUUCCAGAGACCCCAGCAUAGAGGCUCAUGUGAGGGUCAUGAAAUCCAUGGUCUCUUUCCUCUUCCUCUUUGUUGGCUACUAUAUAGGCAUGUUCUCAAUAAUCAAAAAUGACUCAAUGCUAGAAAGGAAGAAGUCUGUACUGUUUACUUUGAUGGCUAUGAUCAUGUACCCAUUGGCCCACUCCAUUAUCCUUAUUGUUGGACACAACAAACUAAGACUCACUGCCCUAAGGGUACUAUGGAAGCUCAGAGUCUUUUCCAAGUGCUCUUGGAAAUGCUGA